AUGGCAGGCUAUGGCACCCACCACAGAGAUGUGAAGUCGUGGAUAAUCGCCCUUCUCACCGCUCUGUCCCUGAUGAUGGCGGUAGUAACCAUUGGACUUCUGGCUCACUUCCUUGUCUUCGAUAUUCAAGUCAAUAGCAACUCAGGACGAAGGAGCUCAAAUCAACUGAACAACUUACAGGAGAUGAAUGAAAAUUUGGUAGAUGAAAUAUUUAUAGAUUCAGCCCUGAACAAGCGCUACGUCAAAAACCACAUAGUCGGACUAACUCCAGAAGAGGAUGAUACAAAAGCAGACAUUGUUAUGGUGUUCCAGCCUCCUUCUACAGGGCAAGGGACCAUAGGAAAAGAGAAGAUGCAUAGCAUCUUAAACCAGAAGACAAGGAACGCAAGAGCUUUGCCGGCUGAUGUCUCUGUGAUUCAAGUUAAUGAUUGCGGCAAGCGAGCCAUCCCAUUAAUUGCCAACAGAAUAGUGUCUGGAAACCCUGCAGCCAAGGGUGCCUGGCCUUGGCAAGUUUCCCUUCAGCGCAACAACAUCCACCAGUGUGGGGGCACACUGAUUGGUAACAUGUGGGUCGUCACUGCAGCGCACUGCUUUAGAACCAAUGCAAACCCUCGCCAAUGGACUCUUAGCUUUGGAACAACAAUAAAUCCUCCCUUAAUGAAAAGAGAAGUCAGAAGAAUUAUUAUGCACGAGAAGUAUCGUCCUCCAGCCAGAGACCACGACAUAGCUCUUGUGCAGUUUUCUCCCAGAGUCACCUUUUCAGAUGAAGUACGCCGAAUUUGUUUGCCAGAACCCUCUGCCUCGUUCCCACCAAAUUCAACUGUCUACAUCACAGGAUUCGGAGCACUUUACUAUGGUGGGGAGUCCCAAAAUGAGCUCCGUGAAGCCAGAGUACAAAUCAUAAGCAACGACGUGUGCAAGCAGCGACAUGUGUACGGCAAUGAAAUAAAACGCGGGAUGUUCUGUGCUGGAUUUCUGGAAGGAAUUUACGAUGCCUGUAGGGGUGAUUCUGGGGGCCCAUUGGUUGUAAGAGACGACAAAGAUACCUGGUAUCUCAUUGGAAUUGUGAGCUGGGGAGACAACUGUGGUCAAAAGAACAAGCCUGGGGUGUACACUCAAGUGACUUAUUACCGACGCUGGAUUGCUUCAAAAACGGGUCUCUAA